AUGCCAAAGCAAAAGGUUUCGUUUAAUCAAGGUUGGAGGUAUAGGGCGUGUGAUGAUGCGGACCCCGAAAAUUGGCGGCCAUCUCAACCUCUGCCUACUUCCAUCCACCUUGAUCUCCUUGCUAAUGGCGCAAUACCAGAUCCUUUUCUAGCCCAAAAUGAAAACCUUGUACAAUGGGUUGGCCAAAAGAGCUGGAUUUACGAAAAUCGCUUCAAAUUCCCUUCAAAUUUAUAUAUACAUAAGCCAGACCAGAGAAUGGAUCUAGUUUUUGAGGGUCUAGAUACCUAUACAACAGUCACGUUGGACGGAAAGGUAAUUCUGGAAACGAACAACAUGUUUUUGAGCCAUCGAGUCGACAUCACAGAUCAUUUUCAACCCUCCUUUCAGAUAGUCCAAGAUGAGACACAUGUACUUCAGAUUACUUUUCAUAAUGCCGAGGAGAGGGCGACGAAAGAAAUGGAAAAUCAUCCGGAGAAUAGCUGGUUUAGCUUUCAUUUUGGUAACAGCCGCUUGGCAACGAGAAAGGCGCAAUAUCAUUACGGCUGGGAUUGGGGGCCUAAAUUGACAGACUGUGGCCCAUGGAAACCAAUCUAUCUCGAAGCGUAUCAAUCCCGAAUAGUAGACCUGGCUGUGCAGACAAAUCUCGGGCCAGACCACAUGCAGGCCACCAUUAACAUCACCUUCAAGGUAGAUGGAAAGGCAGAUUGUGCAAGAAUUGAAAUUUAUCAAGAAGCUGGUAAUGUUCAAUCUAGAACUAUAUCCAUGAAUGAUGAAGCGAAAGCAUCAACUGUCGUACAAAUACAAGACCCAAAACUCUGGUGGCCCUGGACCCUAGGCGAACAAAAUCUAUACGUUGUCAGGGUUACCCUGUUCAAUAAGAAUGACCCUGUUGUUGUUGAUUCAAGAGAAACAGUCCUGGAUGUUCUUGAGAAGAAGAUAGGUAUCCGCAAGUUGGAUCUUGUCCGACGUCCUUUGCGGAAUCAACAAGGGUCUAGUUUCUUCUUCCGGGUCAAUGACAUACCGAUAUUCGCAUCUGGAUCCUGUUGGAUUCCUUCAGAUUCAUUCAUACCCCGGAUGACCGAUGAGAGAUACCGUAGGUGGAUACAGCUGGCCAAAGACACCAACCAAAUCAUGAUUCGCGUCUGGGGUGGGGGGAUAUAUGAACAAGAUGCAUUCUUCGACGCAUGCGACGAAUUGGGAAUCUUAGUCUGGCACGACUUUAUGUUUGCAUGUGGAAUAUAUCCAGCAUAUCCCACUUUUGAGGAGACUGUUGUUGCGGAGGCACGGCAAAAUAUCAUCAGGAUGAGACAUCAUCCGUCCAUUGCCCUCUGGUGUGGGAACAAUGAGGAUUAUGCGAUCGCACAUAUAGCCAAGAUACUGAUGAAUAAAGUGACUUACGAUCCAACUGAAACUGACCCGGAGAAGAUCAAAGAAUCCGAGUUUCCGGCGAGAUUAUUCUAUGAGAUUCUUUUGCCGGAGGUGUGUAAGGAACUAGUUCCUGACGUGCCAUACUGGCCAAGCUCUCCAUUCGGAGGCUCAUUUUGUAACGACACGACUGACGGUGAUAUCCAUCAGUGGCACGUCUGGCACCUGGACAAAUUUCCCUAUCAGAAUUAUCCCCAGCUCGUUGGGCGAUUUGUCAGCGAAUUUGGUCUCCAAUCUAUACCGCAUUAUAAUGCAGUUAAGAAGUAUUACCCUGCAGACCAGAUUCCCGCUUUGGAUGAUUGCCGGAAUUAUACAACAGAUGAGCAUAUGGUGUGGCAUAACAAAGGCAAGGGCGGCCCAGAAAAUAUUCUUAAAUAUGGCGAGGAUAACAUCUCAUUUGACGACCAGUCACUCCGGGGAUACAUUUACUGUUCACAAUUGAUACAGUCAGAAGGUAUUUCAACUGCUCUACGAGGAUGGAGACGGCAAUGGCAGGGUCCAGGCCGAGAAUAUUGUGGGGGAGCUCUACUUUGGCAACUCAACGACUGUUGGCCAGUGUCGUCAUGGGCAAUUGCGGAUUCUGAUCUCCGCCCCAAGAUAGCUUAUUGGGCAGUGAAACGAGAAAAUCGGCUUAUAACGGUCGCUUUGGCUCGUAAAUUCAAUAAUGACUCAUCACUAGAGUUAGAAGCAUGGGCAUCUAACAUGACUUUGCAUCAGUUGCACAUUAACUAUGAGGUACAAGCUUGGCAUGUCAAGACAGGGCGAAAGCUUUGGAACCACAAAGUAUCCACAAGUAUGGAAUUGCCACCUAAUAGGAGCACUGAGCUGGGUAAAAUAGAGUUUAGCACAGAGAUGGAUGGCGGGCCGCAAUACAAUUGGAACGAAGUGGUGUUUGUGAUUCAUCUCUUUUCUGAAGCAGAUCAAUUGCCGAUUGAUGAAUCAUUCGCCGAAACACAUAUUAUAGCUCGUUGUGUCAACUUCCAUGAACCGCUAAAGGAAGUCCCUUUGGUUAAUGAAGGGGGGGGAUGA